GUGAAGGAAUAGAACUCAGAAGAGAAGAGAUGGCAGAAGCAAAGAAAGAAGUGAGACUGGUGAUAUUGGCAAAGUUCAAAGAAGAUGCUACUCCUGAGAAGAUUGAAGAAGCCAUCACAGAAUAUGCAAAACUCGUGGAUGUCAUCCCAGCCAUGAACUCAUUCCAUUGGGGAAAAGAUGAAAGUGCGAAAGUUAACCUACAUCUGCACGAAGGGUACACUCAUAUAUUUGAAUCAAGCUUUGACAGCAUAGAAGGUGUUCAAGAGUACGAAGAUCAUCCCGACCAUGCUGUGUUUGAAAAACUGCUUCUUUCCCGCACUGAGAAACUGCUUGCCUUUACCUAUCAACCUACCAUUGUUAACCUUCAAAAGUAAUUAAUGGCUUCUUCUGCUGCUUUCCUUUUUCAUCCAAAUAAGUAAUAUUGUUACUGUAUUUUCUAUGCACUGCAAUAUUCAUCGUUCUGUCUCAGCUUUCUUUCA